UAUCAGUCGUGGUCUGAGGUCCAUCAUCAGCCACCUUUUACUUUGUCUGUUUCACAACUGAACCUGCACAGGUAGCUUAACUCUUUGUUGCUGCGUCCCUUCCCCGCCUCUCUCUCUCUCUCUCUAUGUCGGUGUGACUCUUCUCCAUUUGGGUGUUUUUCCUUGGCUGCUUUGGUCUCAAUUUCUGGUUCAAACGUCAGUAACAAGUUACGAAUUUUGAGGGGGCUUUGGUGAUUGAAGUUUUGUCUGUUUAUGUUCGUCAGGUCAGCUUUAACGUAAAUUUACUUCAUUCGCCUCAAGAAGACAACAUACCAUAGGAGAAUUUGUUCCGACUCUAAUCAUGACUACAAAUUCACUUAUUCCUUCCAAAGAUCAGAAAGAAAAACAGAUUGUUCUCACUGAGGUUGGUAAUACAGAAAAACAGUUGUGGACAUUGAUUUAUUCCAAAAGUCUAUUGCACCCUGAUGUUCAAGACUUGUACCGCAAAGUCCGUUCUAGUUAUGAGAAAAUCAUUCUAAAUGAUCAUGAACUGGUGCAACUUCAAGAUGUUGAAUAUUCCUUGUGGAAACUUCACUAUAAGCAUAUUGAUGAAUUUCGUAAGACAAUAAAGAAAAGUUCUGCUGAUGGAGAGAGCACAAAUUUAGUAUUGAAAAAAAAUGCUGGAAAUGUGCAGAGAAGUGGUGACAAGUGUAUAUUAGGAUUCAAGUCAUUUCUCUCUGAAGCAACUGAAUUUUACCAAAAUUUGAUUGUGAAAAUCAGAAAAUGCUAUAGCUGUUCAGAAGAUUCCUUCUUGCAUAAAAAAGGUGGCACAUCUACUUCCUUUGAACCUAAGAUGCAGAAAUGCCAAUUUUUAUGCCAUCGGUUUUUAGUUUGUCUUGGGGAUCUUGCUAGAUACCGAGAACAAUAUGAAAAACCCGAUGUUCAAAAGCAUAACUGGUCAGUUGCAGCCUCCCACUACUUGGAAGCAACAAUGAUUUGGCCAGAUAGUGGAAACCCCCAGAAUCAGUUGGCAGUAUUGGCUACAUAUGUUGGUGAUGAGUUCCUUGCUUUGUACCACUGUGUAAGGAGUUUAGCCGUUAAAGAACCUUUCCCUGAUGCCUUGGAUAACCUAAUUUUACUCUUUGAAAGGAACAGGUCAUCUCAUUUGGGUUCCCUUCAUGGUGAGGCCGACUUUGAUUUCUUAAAACCAUUUGAAAGAAUCAAUGUCCAGGGCAAAUUACAAUCAAGUGAAGAUUUCUCAAAUUGCAAUAUGUUGAAAGCUGAACACAUUUGCUCCGUGGAAACAGACUUAUGGUCUCUUCUUAUCAGAACUAUGAGUUUCUUUUUCUUAGAAUCCAGCUUGGAGGAAUUCCCUUGUGCCUUUGCCUCUGCUAUGAGAGGGUUGGAUGCUUUAAUGGCACUAGAUGAUACAAAACUAAAAGCUGCAUUGGAAUCCUAUGAGUGUUUGGAUUCAGCUAGAGCAGGCCCCUUUCGAGCCCUCCAAGUUGCUUCUAUUUUUAUCUUUAUCAUAGAGAACUACCUAGUGCAUGGUUCACAAGUAGGAAGGUCCAAAGAUAAAAAUGAUACGGAACAGCUUGUCUGGACACAAUUUGCAAUGGCUGCCACAAUCAUUUUCAUGGGUCGCCUUGUUGAUAGAUGUUUGAAGGCUAGUCAAUUGUAUCUUUGCCCCCUCUUACCAGCUGUGCUUGUAUUUGUGGAGUGGUUUGUGGGCAUGCUUGAUCAAGCAAAAACGUGUGGGGUUGAUGAAAAAAGUAGAAGUGCCAUCUCUUACUUUUUUGGUGUGUUUAUUGAGCUUCUAAACGAGUUAAAUGUUGAAUGGGGUGAAGGCACGUCUCCAGAUAGUACUUCUCUGUGGGAAGACUAUGAAUUGAGGGGCUUUGCACCUGUAGCAUGUGCGCAUGUGUUGUUAGAUUUUUCAACUCCUUGGGAACAUAUAGACAGUUUUGAAAGUGGGAGUGAAUGCCGUGCUCACCGCAUUAUUAAUGCUGCAAUGAAGAUUGCAGAAAAAUCAAAUGACUCUGGAAAUUGGAUCUUCUAUGAUAAAUUGGUAAGAAAAUUCUACAUGGGAGAGUCAAAUGAAUUUCCAGAGAGAAAAAAAUCAGAAAAGGCCAAUUCUGAUCUUAAAGUCGAAGAGCCAAACCAGCAUAUUUAUGAAGCCACAGAAGAAUGUGAGGAACUGAUCCUGAAGACUCCAAGUAACCCCCAUGUGAUUGGUAAAUCGGCUGCCACAGAAGAGGAAGAAGUCAUUCUCUUUAAACCUCUAACAAGAUAUAACUCGGCACCGCUUUACAGUUCUGUUGCCAUGAACGAUCAAAUGUCUCUGAAAGAUUCAGGGGAUGAAAAUGGACCUUCAGAUGAAUGCUUGCGCCGAGCUACGUCACUACUUAUUGCGCAAAACCAGGCCGAGAGUGAUCCUUUAGCCUUCCAUGCUGGUAUAACUAAUUUCAAGUGCAACGUGUCAUUCAAGCAUCAGGAGCCUCUGGUGAAGGAUACAGCAUCUCACCCAUCUUUAGAAAUACCCAUCUCUGCUGGGCCUCCCUCGCUCAGUGCUUGGGUCCUCAAUAGAGGAAGUUUGAGUUAUGAUAGAGAGAAAGGGAUAGGAAACGGUAGUAAACAUAGCUUGGAGCCUAUAGAGGAAAUGCCUUCUACAUCCUUGAGUGGUCUUUCCAUCAGCGAAAAUAGGGAUUCUGUCAUUAGUUCUGAGCAUGAAUAUGCAACCACCAAUUACUUGUCUCCUACUUACUCUCCUCCGAUGCCUUCUGCUCCUUUAUUGCCUGAUGAUGCUGUCUGGUUUAGUGGCAUUCAAUCUAAUUUUUCCAACCGCACAACCUCCGGGGGCGUUGGUGUAGCUAACAAUUUUUAUGGUCCAUCACAGGUACUAGGUACUUCAAAUUGGAGUGCUGCUUAUGUGCCUCCUGAUUAUGGUCAUAGUGUCCAGGGUUACCUGAAUAAUCACCCACCUUCACGUCAAAUGACUUCUUCUGAAUGGCUUCGUCAGUACAGAGAAAAUCACAAUCUUGGGCAGGGCAAUAGUUAUAUAUGGCCGGCUCAUUCUUAUGCUCCUGAGAACCUUGGAAACUUCCAAGAUCAUGAAGCUUCCAAGUUUGGUGUUUUUGAUCGGUGGGGAAAUCCUAUGGCUUACAAACCAAGUGUAUAUAUGGAGAGCCCUCAGUUGCAACCUGCUUUGCCUCUUGUUUACAGUGCAGAUGAUCACAGGGAGAAGCUGUUUCAUGGUUACCAAAGGCCAAGCCCCUUUGGGUGUGGUGCUGUGACAGAGCCACAGCCACUUUUGCAGUAUCUUAAAGAGAAAGAAUGGAGACUCCAGCAAGAUCCUACCCCGAGAGGCCCUACAUAUAUGGGAAAUUAGAAGAACAAAGGUUAACCAUUUCAUACUAGCAGUCCACUUGGGUGCAUGAAUUUAGUUGCAUCUUCAUCUUCAGGCAACAUGUAAAGUACCCGAUGGAGCUCGAGAUGUCGGAUUAAAAAAGUUUACAUGUAUGCAUGUAUAUAUGUACAUAGAUGUUUUUACUUUUCCUUCUGAAAGAGGAGGUUUGAAGAAAGACUGCAAAAGUGUCAAAACUUUGCUGCUGUCAACAAUUUUCGGAAUUCAAUCCACACAUUCGCUCA